CCAGAAGGCUAUGGCCGCGCAAAUCGAAAUUCACACCGAUUCGGGCAUGGUGCGGGCACGCGUGUCGUGUUUGCACCGGCUUGUCCCCCGGCUUUUGCGGCCUCGCGUAUUUCGCAACGUAUUUUAACGUUCUGUGCUCGAAAUCCUAGUACGCUGUAUAAAUACGCGUAUUAUGGAGAGAGGGUCGCGUACUAGGCAACCCUGCAUCACCAUGCACAUCCACAUCCAUGCACUGAGCCAGGACGGGCUGUGCCCUUGACUUACUUUGGGAAUGCUUGUUCCUCAUAUGAGUGCCGUUGCUCGACUCACUCUGGGAAAGCUUGUUCCCGGGCGACGUGGAAUUCCACGGGUAUAUGACCUGCACCUAACCGGGUUUAUGUUAGUUGCACUAAGCUACUUGGACUGCUGUUACACGCACAUCUUCGUGGAGGGGUUCCCCAAUGAGCUUUGUUCAUCAGCGGAUUGCCACCUUCACCUCGCUGCCUGUGGGCGCGCUCACCAGCUCCUCGCUGUCGGCCCAGGGCAUCGAGCUGUCUGCCGGCAGCAACCCCGUCAGCCCGGCCUGGGGCGAGGUGGUGGACUGCGCGGCGGGCUGGAGCUAUGGCGGCGGCAGCACCAUGACCGCCGCCGGCUGCACGCAGGCCCUGCGCUUCCCGUACGACGACUUCAGCGAGUCGUUCCGUCCUGCCUCGCCCCCCAUCAUGUUCUGGAGCCUCAGCCUCACGUACCGCACCACGCUGCCGUACGUGACCCUGUACCUGUACCCCACCAGCGGCCAGGGCAACGCCAACGCCUGCAAGGUGCGGCUGAACCGCACCGAGCCCAUCGCCAGCCCCAGGCCGCCGGCGUUCGUGUACUCCGCGUCCAACAGUGUGACCGUGACGGCGUCCGAGUGCGGCUGGGGCGCUGGGUCCACGUUCUUCAGCUUUUCAUUUUACGUGGGCGUGGAGGGUAGCUCAGCCGGCAUCGACGUUUUCGAGCUGCUGCUCGAGUCAUUUACGUUGGAGGCCGGAGCAGCGCCCUCGCCGUCGCCGCCCAGCCCCGCGCCGCCCAGCCCAGAGCCACCCAGCCCGGCGCCGCCCAGCCCGCAGCCGCUCGUGUUCGGCAGUUCGCGCACGAUCAACACAACCGCGCCAAACGUGGGAGUGGGCUUUUACCAGACUGGCGACACCAAUUACAACAACAAGUGCGAAAAGACGCUAGACCGCACGGAGCCCAUCGUCACGGAGCCCGCGCCGGCCUCCUUCACCUACACCGCACCGCCAAAGACGGUCACCGUGACACCCGCUGAUUGCGUCGGCGGCUGGCCCCCCGGAUCCACCUUUGACAACUUUUACAUCUUUACAACACUGUCGGAUGCUGGCGCCGUGCUGUGGAACUUGAUGAUCGGUAAGUGAGCAGACAGACAUACAUGGGCGCAGUGACCUGGUGCGGCAAUAAAUAGCAGGCUCGAGAGGUAGGAAAGCGUCGCAGGAGAUGUCAGGCGGGUGCAAGUGUAGCGUACUUGCGUGCGUGCAGGUAUCGUGCGCGAACGACGUGCUGACGUUUUAUUUGCACUCAUUUCUCCCGCAUAUGCAGAGUCGUUCACCAUAGAAACUGGC